AGGACGUGGGACGUGAAAGACACAUUUGUUUCUGUUAGUGCUUACUUUACUUUUAUUUUGUGCCUUCAAACUUCAAUCUCGGCAAAAAAUUACAAUGGGAAUUUACAAACCUCGGUUUCGUGAACCGAUAGAAAACAAGAUUGUGGGGCUGUGACCUCUGAUUGGUAACAGAGCAAGGUAGAAUAUGGGUAGAAUAUGCUGUUUGUCAUUUAUGCCAUGAGUAUUGAAGUGUUGACAUACGCUGUGUUGGACAUACUCGGCUUUUGUUCUCUGGCUGUUCGGAUUUUCUUAUUAGCAAUGUUGGCACUUGUGAAACAGUAACAGAUGUUUACUUCUAGCACACCUUGUUAACACACCUAACACCUCAUUUUGACACAAUUAACACCAAUUAGACAUGAUUUAUCACUAUUUAACACUAGUUUGGCAAAUUUAGGCUUUUAGACCCUACAUAUCAUGUUUUAAUAUUAAAUGUCAUUAUUUUCCAAUUGCCCAUCUUUAGAUGGAACUGCCAACGGUGAUGGCCCUGAGCUGGAAAGCUUGCACUUGGACAAUGCUGGAGAUUCUAGCACUCCUGAAAGUCAGAUGAUGGACAGCUUGGUCUUGGCUUCCAGAUCCGAAGAGGUGACAAGCGCCCUGUCAAGAAUGAAACGAGGUGUCCUCUUUCCGAGCGGAGUCAAACUGUGCUCUCAGGAGACGGUGAAGCAAGCGCUACAGAACCACCUGGACUACUUCCACCUGAGAGUGUGUCAAGAGACUGUCUGGGAGGCGUUUAAGAUCUUCUGGGACAGGCUUCCCAAAAGAGACGAGUACCAGCUGUGGAUUAACAGGUGCCAGAAUGGCAGUAUUAGCGUCUUCGAUAUUGGCAGGAGCUUCAGUCAGUCGCCUGAGCAUCUUGCCAUCAUCACCAGUGUAAGCAAUUCCCGCAUCUUCACCCUGUACUUCACGAAUAAAUGCUACAAUUACCAACAGACUACAGCCGAUCCUACAAAAGCGGAUAUUGACUCUGCCACUGAUGGAGGUCUGUUUACUUACCCAUCACCAGAGAUUACUGUCUCCAGUAUGGCCAUUGAGCUGGAGGUCACUGUAGAGGUCAGUGUUAAACCUGCUUUCAAUUUAACCACCGAGGAUUCACAGGGGGUAAAUCCUGAUUCCUUGUCAGAAGUCACCGUUGAGGCAACUGAGCAGAUAAGCCCAGGGACUAAACUGGAGGUAAACCAUAAUGCACUUGAAAUGCCUUUGAGUACAACUGUAUUUGCAUUUGAGAGUGAUGAGGAUGCCAUUACUGUUAAAGGUUCUGUCAAUUCUGGUUUAGGGGAAAUGAAGGUAGAUGCAGAAGAGGCAUUACCUGAAGAACCAGUGCAGGUAGAUGAUAAUGGUGGUGGUGGAGCAGCACUAUGGUCUUCACCCAGCCCUACUCUAGGCAGCAUACAUGAACAUAGUGACGAUGAGCAACCAGAAAUUGAGACAAUUGAAAGCACCCUAACAAAUGACUUUCUAGUCACAUCUCUAGAUGAACCAACACUUUCUGGUAGUGAAGACACACAUGAAGGUGAUGAAGUCACAUCUAGACCUGUUAUUGUGGAAGAGGUAUCUGGGACUGCUGAGGAGUCAUCUGAAAUGACCAGUGAUAAGGAUUCAUCAGAGAUGACAGAAUAUGAUAAACACGUAACUGUUGUGUGGGUUAGUAAUGAUGUUGAAGAAAUUACAUUGAAGAUGGAUGGUGAGGUCAAUGAAUACAGUGUUUCUGAAGAGAUGGAAACCCUGGCAUGGACUGAAGUUUUACUUGAAGCCCCUACAAAUGGGCUGUCCUUAGAAGAGAAAACACCUAUAGCUGAAGAUGUCCAUGCCUCUGCCAGUGCAGAAGAUUCAUUUGACUAUACAGUAAAAUAUAGCCCUGAAGAUUUACCUAAAGAGGCUGCAAUUGAUGAGACGCCUGUGGAUAUAACAGAAGAUGCGACCGAAGCAGUGCGUUCUGUUGAGAAUACACGUGAAGCACAAUCAGAAACGACUGUAGAGACUGCAGUUCAUGAGGUGCCACCAGAUGUUAUGGCUGAUAUUAAAGCUGUUGAAAAUGACAAAGCUGACUCAGCCGGAGAAGUGGAGCCACCUGUUAUACCAGACACUAUUGGUCAAGAUGUCACACUUGCUUUCACGCUUGACCCUAGUGUCAUCAUUCUGGAUGCUGAAGAUUUCACACCCAAGGUUACACCUACUACUGAAGAUUACACAUCUAGGACCCAUAGCAUGGAAAUUGGCAUCAAAGAAGAACCUCCCGAAGAGAAUUUACUUCAAUCUACAGUUGAAGGGAAGAUGCCAGACGUUCUUGAAGACAAUACCUUAACUCGACCUGAAAUGGCAGUGUUCGAAGGUAUAGAUACUGACAUGUCCAAAGAUACAGAGGUUCUUGAAGAGAACAUUAGAAUCCCAACAUUAGACGUACUUGAAACUGCACCACGUGCUGAUGUUACGACCUCAGAGUUACCUAAAACUGUAGACAGAUCAACAGGGACACUAAAAGAGGACAGUACACCUGCACCAUCAGUUGAAGUUGAGAAAUCUACAGAGGGCCUAAAUGAACUGACAACCAACGAAAUGCAACGAAACACCAUCUCAUCCAUGGAACAAGCAUCCGCACAGGUCUCCAAUGACAUCAUAGAGGACAGGAACGUGAUUGGCAAUGAAGUUGACAAUGUUUUGCCACGUCCUGUGCGACCGGUAAUGGAUCAAGUGGUGGAGCUGAGCAUUAAACUCAGAGGGGAGACUUACGAUGAUGCUCUCAGAGAUCCAUCAAGCUUUUACUACCAGCAUCUGUCUGAACAGUUCAUUGAAAAGGUGCGUCACAGGCUUCCUGUAGGAACUUUCCACGAACCAAUGCUCUGUCUCUGCAUGGCUCCAAAAAUGACUGGAAGGAUAUCAUUUGAGAUGAUGUUAAGAACUUUGUUCCCUUCUUUUCUUCUUGACAAUAAAACCAGGCCACAAAAAGACAUCCAAGGAGGUCUUGCAGUGGUGGUACAUUACGCCAUUGUCCUGGAAGUUGACAUAGCAGGCAUUAACAACGAGACCAUGACCAACAUCACCCUCCAUUCCAACCAGGUGGAGAAAUCCUACACAGAUCUGGAGGAACUGCCCACCGUGGUCUACACUGUCACAGACUUACGCCAUUACAUCACUCAGGCGCUGCACAAAAACAGCCUUGGGAACAAUGGAAACAUCAGUCUGGAUGUAGACCCUGAGUCUCUGCAGCUGGAAAAUGUGGAGACAUUGCUGCUUUCCAAACCGACCAGCAGACCGCUCGACUCCAAUAACAUGAUGGACAAUGUGCUUGCUGCAGAAAAGCCACCCGAUAUUCCUGCAUUGGAAUUCACCAGUAACGAUGUCUUCAUCAAAAACGAAGAUUUACUGUUUGAUACCGUGCACCCGUAUCACCCCUGGAUGAGCACUCAGACUGAACAGGCUAGUGAAAAUGACAUCAUCAUUCUUGAAGACAAUCCAGCUACACCACUUACAGAGAUACCAACAGAUAUAGAAAUGAUCUCCAAAACUGAUAAGACCAGCAAAGAUCCCACCCUUGAGAUAUUAUUUCCCUCCAUUUUAGAUGAUAUAACCAUUGAAGAAGAGGGCUUCCUAGAAAUCACAGCCCCUGCUAACCCUAUUCCUGUUACUGUGAUUGAGGAGGCCCAUCCUACCCAGUUUGAGGCUAAGAAUACUGCAACAGAAAUACCGUCUCUGAGACCUUCAGGAGUUCAAGAGUCAGUAGAAGAUGAGCAUACAAAUAUGGGAUCUGGAUCUGGCUUCUCCAGCAAUGACCAAAUCCCUGACACGUGGCAAUGGAUAACAGAACGUCCUUCGGUAGGCUUAGAGAAGGACGUUCCGAAAGCCGAGGAAGACCAGAAAGACCAUGAAAAGAAAAAAGUAGAAGAAGAGGAGAAAUCAGAGAUUCCUGUCCAGCAAACAACUGAAGUGCCAUUAUUAGACCAUGUUCUUACGACUCAAGACAUUCACAUUCACCCUCAAGACACAACCACAGAACAGACCCCAGUGUUCUUUACUAUGAAGACCCUGAUGGUGGACCAUUCAAUGCAGACCAAAGAAGCUCCUGAGAUUUCUGAUGACUACCCAGAUGAACUCUCCACUUCUGUUUAUGCUGUAACUGAACUACCAGGGCAGGUCUAUGCUACUACCAAGAGUCCUGCCAUAGAACGAUCAACAGUCCAGAGCCCAGAGAUUAAUCCUAAAAAUGAAGAUUUCCAGGGUACCACUACACCAACAGCUAUGUUGGUAACAGAGGCAUCUACAGCAUCUACCAGCGUUACAUCGGAUGACACAACAGAAACACAACAAGCCACAAAACCUCCUGCUAUUAUCAAUGUUAAGACUGAUACUGUAGAAGAAUCUCCCGUUGUCCCUGGUUCUAGUGAACAACCGUUAAUUGAAGCUGUGACACAGCUGCCAGCGAUUUUUGAGUUUGAGACAUCAAAUGCUGGGGUGGAGAUUAUCAAUGACAUUACAUCUGAAGUCACUCAAGCUCCAGUUUUGGAAUUCUCAGACAAUGAUCUUGCCAAAGAUGAAACCAUUGUGGUGUCCACAGAACCUUCUGCAUUGGUCACUGAAGCCACAAAUAUAGAUGUGUCAACCCCACGCUCACCUGAAAAGGAGUCUCCGUUCUCCAGAAUAUUUGACUAUACCCCAGUAGAGGACACAUCUUUACUACGUUCAACUGCGAAGCCUGUGCCCAGUACCCAUCCAGCUGACCCAAUUAUUCCUGAAGAGAUGACAUCACAGGCUCCAAGUCACUCAACUGUAGGUACAGCUAUUCAAAAUGAUGCUAUUGGACCGAAGGAAACAAGCACCAAUAAUGUCAAACCAGCCACAGCAUCUCAACCUUCCACAACUUCAGUCACUCCCAAUGGCACCGAUAUCUCUAAGAGAGACCUCCCAUCUACAAUGACACUCCCAAGCUUUCAACCGACCUUCCGACCUACAGACAGGAUAAUCGAUACCGGAGUCUCCAGAGAUGAUCAUCUACCCAAGAACGAUCUUAUAUCAACCCCUAGUAUUUCUGAUCUCAUUUUCUUCCAUGGAAACAAAGACAAUGAUAGCAGCACAGCACAGUCUCACAUUCCAGAUAACCCCAGCAUAACCGACCUUGAUGUGUCCUUUGACAUUAUCCAGUAUGAUGAUGAGAAUGGUAGUGGAUUCUUUCACGGUAACGACAUGGCUAGUGUUGCCAUGCCAGAGAGUCCUGGUCGUGCUCUGAUGGUAUUUUUCAGUCUUCGAGUCACCAACAUGAAGUUUUCACAGGAUCUGUUCAACAAGAGCUCCUCUGAAUACAAAACCCUGGAACGACAAUUUUUGGACUUGCUGGUACCAUAUCUACAGUCCAAUCUUAGCAACUUCCAGCACCUCGAGAUCCUAAACUUCAGGAACGGUAGCAUUGUAGUGAACAGCAGGAUGAAAUUCGAGAAGCCGGUUCCCCAUGAAGUGACUUCUGCGGUCUACCUUAUCCUAGAAAAUUUCUGCAACACGGCUUACCAGACGAUGAACCUCGCUAUAGACAAAUAUUCUCUGGAUGUUGAAUCAGGUGACAGGGCAGACCCGUGUAAGUUCCAGGCGUGCAACGAGUUCUCGAAGUGUACGGUGAACCAGUGGUCAGGCGAGGCGGAGUGUGUGUGCGACGCCGGCUACUUCAGCGUGGACGGCCUGCCGUGUCGAAGCAUCUGCGACAUUAAGGAAGACUUCUGCCUCAACGAUGGCAAGUGCGACAUCAUACCUGGCAAAGGGGCCAUAUGCAGGUGUCGUGUUGGGGAGAAUUGGUGGUACCGUGGUGAACACUGCGAGGAAUACGUCUCGGAGCCUCUCGUGGUUAGCAUCGCCAUCAGCUCCGUCGCUGGCUUCCUGCUCAUUGCCGCGGGAGUCGUCUUCUUCCUGACGAGAACGCUUCGAGACCAAUACGACAAAGACGACUCGGAGGAUCCGCUGCGCUAUGAAGACGUCGCUCAGUCUUUGGAAAGCGGGAACAGGUUCAAUUGCACGUUUGAGAGUGAUGGAAGUUCGCACCGUGGAAGAUAUCAGCAGACGGAUUUCAACACCGGCGACGAGAUUCGGCACGUCUACGAGAACACUCAAGAGGAAAUCCCGGAUCGUGUUCGGAUCCUCGAGCUCUCCGCCAGAGACCACCACUUUACUGAUUUUGCACAGCAGCUUCGAGUUUGAGAUUUCCCAGGAUUACCGGAGUUUUCCAGACUGUUAUUAAUGGGUUUUUAUUUAUUUUUUUAUUUAUUUAUCAUUUCCUCUGUAAACACCAGAAGAGUCCAAACGCAGACUAUCAUCACACAUUAUCUGACAUCCUGGGUUUACAUUUUGCAUUUAAAUCUAUAUACACCACAGUGCUGCUUAAAUCAGGAUUCUGAUUGGUCGGAAGGUGUUGAUUCAUUUUUCUAUAACAGCAACUCGGACGGUAGUGCAAGUUUAUAUGAACGCGUUUGUUCUUUUAUGUUAUUGUUUCUAUAGUAACAGCUCGUUCGCAGGGAUGUGUACGGCAAAUGCUACACUGGUGUACCUCAUUUGAUUCUAUAUGUUUAUUGAUUUGGUUGUUUAAUUGUGUAUUUAUUUAUUACUGUAGACACUUUUUCAGGGCCAGGUACACUUUAAUUGGGGGUUUGUUGGUGCCUUCCUUUUUUUUGGUGUUGUCAUUGUUUGCUAUUGUCAUAGCAUGAGAUGAACAGUGACAUGUUUAGACAAAUUUAGAUUUGUUCAUGAAACUCUCACAUUUUUCAUACAGGACUUUAGUUAAAAGGCUGUUUUUGUGACGUGGUGCAACAACAAAUGAGCGAGAUGAAUUUGCGUUUGAUCUGAUGCAUACACGUGAGAAAGAAACGCUCUUUAUUGUAGCUGAUAUUUACUGUAACGGAUAAAACAUAUUUUGAUUUUGUUGUUGCGUUUACUGUGUAUUGUGCUUUUGAACAGAUAUAAAGAACAUGCACAACACAAGCCAAAGGUUUGGAAGCAAUACAGUCCUUUUAAAAAAAACUAAAGAUGCUCCUGGAAACUUCAUUAACUGAGUUGCGUAUUAAAGUCAUACACAGUCGUGUGAAAAAAUAAGUACAACCCAUGGAAAUUGUUCCCAGUGUAAUCACUGGCACCUGAUCUUCAACACCUGAAUUUGUGAUAAAUGUAGGGGUGUACUUACUUUUUCCAUGUGACUGAUCUGUUGUUUUAUUUUUUAUUUUAAAUUGUGAAAAUGAUUACAAAAUGUGAAUUUUACGUGUCAUUUGAUGGAGCGCAUCGACUUUAUUAAUAAACACUGCUUCAAAGAGGAUCAAAUGUUUGCUUGUCCAAAUAUAUAAACAACAACAAUUUCCAUGGGGUGCACUUAUUUUUUUCACACGACUGUAAUACCUGACAAGUACAUAACUACAAACCAAAGUAAUCUUUUCUUGUCAAUAAAAGUGUGUUGGGUUGGUCACUGGCAAAUUGUGAAAUAUUUUCGAAACCAUAAAAAAGGCUGCUCGCUUGCACUCUUCUGGCUUGUGAAGUGUUUUCCUUUAACAACUAAAGAUGUUUAUCUGUCGAGUAUCAGGCAUUAUUUAUUCCUUAUUUAAUUGUAGAACGCAGUAUAAUGUGGUAACAUGCAGGUUUUAUGGUCUAAUAAA